GCUUUGCAUUUGGAGUUGUUGGACAGUAUGUCUAGCGACGCAUUCCUGAUGGCUUUCAGGAGAUUUGUUGCGAGGAAGGGUCUGCCUAAGGAGUUAUGGUCUGACUGUGGGACAAAUUUUGUAGGGGCGGAAUCUGAGUUAUCGGAGUGUUUUGAGCUGAUGAGCACAGAGCUUCAAGAGAAGUUGGCAAGGCAGCAGGUUGAAUUUAAGUUCAUUCCACCAGGUGCUCCACACUUCGGAGGCCUCUGGGAGAGAGAAGUCAGAUCGGUCAAGCAUGCAAUCAUGUGCUGCUUAAAGGAUAGGGUCGUGACAGAAGUCUUGCUGCAGACAGUGCUUUGUGAGGUAGAAGGUUUGAUGAAUUCAAAACCUUUAGGUUACGCAUCGUCAGAUGUCGCUGACGUUGAUCCGAUAACACCGAACAUGUUGCUAAUGGGUAGACGGGACUCAUCAUUACCCCCCGUAGCGUUCAAUCAGGGAGAGGAACUUCGCAGUAGGAAGCAAUGGAGACAUGUGCAGUUGAUCGUAGAUUUAUUUUGGAAGAAGUUCGUGUCAGAAUAUUUGCCUAGCCAGCAAAUCAGAAGGAAGUGGACUAAGGAAACAGAGAACCUGAGAAAGGGUGACCAGGUGUUAGUGAUUGAUAAUCAUGCACAGCGAGGUGAAUGGUCGGUCGGUGAGAUAGUCGAUGCUCAUCCAAGUGAAGAUGGGAGAGUGAGAACGGCUGAGGUUAAGGUCAACCAGAAAAUAUAUAGGCGACCGGUGGUGAAGUUGAUUAAACUGAGUAAAAUGAGUCAGUGAGUUCAGUAGUAUGUGGUAAUAGGGCGGGAAGUGAGUGCCCCCUCUAUAGUUUUUGUAGGCCAAUGUAUAAUAGGUUUGGCAUAUGGUUGUAUUUGUAGGUUUUUGUACUUAAUUAAGGUUUAAUGAGAUUUCCUCAUUGGCGGGGGAAUGUACAAUCCUCUAUGGAUAGUAGUUGAGAUUUCAUUAGGAUUUUCUCCGAUAGAGGGCGUUGCUGUUGAUUUCGAUAAAACAAGCGGUGCUUUUGUUAGAACAAAGGAAAGCAAGGUUUCUGGUGUCUGGGGAGUAAUCGGCGUUUUGUUGCGAUAUGUGGAGAAUAUAAAGGUAAAUAUUGUUAGGUGAAUAUGAUUAAGGUGUAGCGUUUAUAGGUGAUCGUUAGUGUAAUGUUAUCUAGUCGUGUAAUAGCUUGAUUAUGUACUUUGUAUGUUCAGAGAUGCUGGUUUCUGUGGCUAUGAUUAGAAAUGGGUUAAUUGUUGCUGGUUUGAAGCGAGUGUGGUAGUAUAGAGAGCCGUUGAGAUCAAUGAUGUAUAUGUUAAUCAAGAUUGUUGAUGAAUGUGGUUUUUAUGAUGUUGUGUUAGAUUAUGAGCUUGUGGUAAUUCGAAGUCAGGAAUCCUGUGUUGUAUUGAUAUGUAUGUACGCAGGUAGCAUUGUAAUCGGCUAGCUGAUAUUGUGAAUUACAUUUUUUGUAUUUAACAUUUGUUGUUCAGGUUGUAAGGCUGUUCUGUUCACGGAGCUGGUGUUUAAGAGAUCCGGCGGAACAAAUUGAAUGCUAACUAGCUACCGUUGAUACGGUUGGUACGUUAAUAAAGCAUCUCAAUCAAA